GAUAGUGCUGGACUAUCCCAGACCGAUGUUGUACCACAUCGGCACGAGAAAGAUGGACACUCUGGAGGAGGUCGACGUUGACAUCGGAGUGCCAAAGCCACGGAGGUGGGAGAUUCGUAGCGCUGCAGAGUGUCAAACCUUGCUCGACUCGUUCGACGGCUUCUCCGAGGGCCUUGUUGUACGGGAUGCGCAGUACCGUCGGCAGAAGUGGAAGAGGAGAGAGUACUUGCUGAUGCACUCUGCCCGCUUCCUCGUGGGUGCCGAGACACCCUGCUAUGCCUGGGUAGCCAGAAGUAGUGAACCUGGAACCAUGGAUGCUGAUCGCUUGUGUCUCAAUGUGUGGCUCAGAUCUGAGUCUUCGGAGUUUGCAGCGUACUUCCCGGAGGCCAUGAGGCGCUAUGGAUGCGUCCGAGCACUUCUGGAGGAGGAAG